GGAACUUGCGGAAGAAAAUGGCGGCCGUCCGAGGUCUAACAGCUGUGGCCCUGAGAGUUGUGACUCCCUGGCCUAGGAGCAGGCUCCUCUCGGCCUCCCGCGGACCCCGGGCGCUUCGGGAAGUGUCGUCCUCUAGCCCAGAAGCUGGCGAAGGGCAGAUCCAUCUCACCGACAGCUGCGUCCAGAGGCUUCUGGAAAUCACCGAAGGGUCUGAAUUCCUCAGGCUGGAGGUGGAGGGAGGUGGAUGCUCCGGAUUCCAGUACAAAUUUUCACUGGAUACAGUUAUCAACCCCGACGACAGGGUGUUUGAGAAGGGUGGGGCAAGAGUGGUGGUUGACUCUGAUAGCUUGGCCUUCGUCAAAGGGGCCCAUGUGGACUUCAGCCAAGAACUGAUCCGAAGCUCAUUUCAAGUGUUGAACAAUCCUCAAGCGCAGCAAGGUUGCUCUUGUGGAUCAUCCUUCUCUGUCAAACUUUGAUGUGAUGACAAGUGACCCGGAGAUUGCUAUCAUCUGACUGAUCUGAGGAACCUGGGAUUAGAACAAUUCUAGAAGUUUCCUUUCCAUCAUGACCCUCUCUCAAUUUUAUUUUCUCUUAAUCCAGGAUGUUGUUUCACCACUAUUUUCAGAAUGUGAAACUUUUACUCUUUAUUUAAUUUCUCCUACACAGUUGUAAGGCCAAGCCUGUGGAUGCUGUUACCUAAGAUUUAGUAAGUGGUUCAAACCAGUAUCAUCUGUAGAGCCUCCAAGGUUCCAGGAGUUACUUCUCUGGCCUUCAGAGCUACUUGUACAAGUGUGUAUAGCUAGGUAUAAAACCUUCGUUUUAAAGAAAGUCCUUAUUUACUUGUGUUGUGGAUCAGAAUCACAGAUUGCAUAGCUUGAACACUGUGUUACUAGACCAGAAAGGAUGAGACAGCCAAGUGAAAUGUUAUCUUUUUGUUUUGCUAUUUAUUUAUUUAUUAAUUACUUACUUUUAUUGAGUAUAGUUGAUUUGCAGUAUUGUGCCAAUCUCUGCUCUACAGCAGAGUGACUGAGUUAUAUACAUGUAUACUUUCCUUUUUAUUUUCUCUUCCAUUAUGGUUUAUCACAGGAUAUUGAAUAUAGUUCCCCUGUGCUAUACGGUAGGGCCUUCUUGUUUGAAAUGUUAUCUUUUUCAUCUCACCCUUCCUUAAUGUGCUAGUUUACUUACCAUUAUUUUCUAUGCAGCCCAUUCUUCACUUCCCAUUUGUUAUAGCAGAUACAUUUUCUUCUCAUACUUAGGGAUGUGUUAGAGUCACAAAACCAAUAACCCAUCACCCAGAAAAACUUGGACCUAAACCUCACUGAUACUUGAAUCGUAAGUUUGAAAAUAAGCUCCAUACUCCAUAUUCACACAAGACAUUUCGAGAUUCGUUGCUAAUUUAGUGACUGAAUCUUUCAGAAUAUGUUGCUUUAUUUAACUUAUGGUGUAAAAUGUUUCUGGUCUCGUUGCAUAGCUGGAAGUUGUCCCUUUGUUGAUAUAGAUAAUAGAUACUUGGGGUUUUUUUUUUUUUUCCAGUUUGAGCUAUAAAAUGCCAUUUAAAUUUGAAUUUUAGACAAACAGCAAAUAAUUUUUAGUAUAAGUGUGGCUCUGUGAAUACUAAAAAUUAUUUGUUGUUUAUCUGAAAUUCAGAUUUAAUUGGGUAUCCUGUAUUUUUAUUUGUUAAAUUUGGUAACCUUACUUUAGAGUCUCUGAAAGAAGAGCUUUUUAGCCACAAAUUCCAAUGAAUUUUAAAGUACUUGUUUGGGUAUAGUACUUAAAUAGGCUAAGGAGCUAGAAACAACCAUAGUAUGUAUGUGAUGGUGUUGGGGCGGCCAGAACUGCAUGGCAACAGACAACUAAAGGGAAAGAUAAAAAGCACCACAACGACAAAUGAUUAAUGAAUGCUAACGUUGGGGAAACCACAACCAAGUUGAUUCUGUAAGGAUUACUGGUUAAACUCAUCUUUUCUUCGAGAGCCUGAAAGUUCAUAUCAGCAAAUUUUGCAUUCUGGAGUGGAUUGAAACUUUUCUGGACUUAAUUAAGGUCAUUCAAUAAAAGAAUUAUCCAUAAGAAAAAUAGAAAUACAGAAUCUGAGACAGAAACUUACUUACAUUUUCAAUAUGGGAAAACCUAGGACUUAGAACAAACCUAUCGUGUGUGUGCAGUGUAUUCAGACACAAAAGGUCACUCAGAAACCUGAGCAGGUUUUUUCCUUACCAAAUUGCCAUGGAAAAAGUCAGAAAGCAGUGUGUGGAAGCAUCUGUGUGUGAACUUUACUAAGCCAUUGAAAGUGGCUGCCAAUACCUGGGCCUAAUAAGGUUUUCAGCACAAGACUAAGUCCUUUCAUCCUCUUUGAGAAGAGAUUUUGUUACAUUUUAAGUGUUAAACCUCUGAUAUUUUUGUGGGUUAUUGAUAUGAUGAGCUUAACACAAACAUAAUAGCUUUCAUUAUUCAAUAAACCAUUAAGUUCCAGUGGUCAGUUAGGCAAGAAUAGGAUCUCUUCCAAAGACUAUGUAUAAAUACCUCCUAUGAAUGGAAGAAUUGAAUUUUGUGUUUAGCAAAAGUGGGUUUGGGAGAAAUCAGCUUACUUCAUCAUACUGGGAAAGCUUCAUAGGGAAGGCUGAGGUGGUGACAAGAAGUCUCCAUUGGAGGACAGUGAUGUAGAAAUUUUAAGAACACAGGGCAUGAAGAGAUGAUGGCAUCAAGGGGACAGUGGACAGUUGGCUUGGAGUAAACUGUAAGUGAUGGUAAAAUAGGUUUAGGGUCUUCUGCAGGCCUUUCUGACCAGAUGCCCUCUUCCUGGCAGGCUGUAAAAGCCUGCAGACGUUUUCACAAGUUUUGUUCACUGUGCAGUUCAUUUAGGUAAACGUUAUACUUUUUGAGGAUCAGUUGGAAGAUUUUUUGCCUCCCCAUUACUUUGACGGGAGAUUAUCAAGACCCCAUUUAUUGCAGAAUUGGUUUUAUUUACCUUCAUAAGCUAGUGAUCCCUGGGGCAGCAUGCCCCACCGUUGUAGCCAAACAAUUGUGCAAGAACUGAAGGCACAGGACCCUCCCUCUAUUUUAUGUUGUGAGUCUUUAUGUUGUUGGCUGUUAACUAUAGGUGUCCCACCUGCCUUUAGUCUCUGUGUGGGAAUGUUGACCAGUUACAGGGUGUUCAGGGAUAAGAGAUUAGGAAGGACUACUAAAGUAAGUGUCCAAGAAGAUACUCUUCUUUCUCUUUCUUCUGAAAAUAGCGCCCCAUUCUUUGGUCUUUCAUUGUAAAGCAUAAGAGUAGGGUCAGAAUUUGGCUGGAACAUCCUAUAUAGAGAAGUGGGCAGCACUGAUCAUCAGUGCUGGGAGGGGUAGCCCUCCCCUGAACUCGGGUCCUGAACUGACACCCUGCGGUGGGCAGGGUCUAAGUGUCCCUUGCGACAUGGCCUUGCAUGUGUGUCUCAAAAGCAGGAAACUUCUCCACUUUUUUAGGUAUCUAGCAUUGAUGUUUAUGAUUGCCUUUUUAAAUCCCUGUUUGCCAUUUCUCCAGAGAAAUGCCACCAGGAUGUUUAAAGGAAAUUUGAUUUAAGAAGUGUUGAAAGUUAUCAUCUGGCUUUAAUGGUAAAACAUAGUUAGAUAAAUAUAUAAAGAGAGGGAACAUUUAAGCAGUCUAUGUCCAGCAGCUGUAUUUAAAAAUAUUUUAUUUUUGAAUAGGUAAGACACAGUACAAAAUUUGAAAAGACACAAAUGGGGAUACAGUGAAGAGUCUCCCAGUCCUGUGCGCAUCCACCUGUUGCCCUUCCUGUCAACUACCAUUGUUUCUAAGAAUUUACCCCACAGAUAUAACCCCAUAGAUACAAUGUGAAAUAACAUAUGCACAGGAAUAUUCAUCGUAGCAUUAUUUAUAAUAGCAAAAGAUAGGAAACAAUGGAAACACCCAUUAAUAGGCUGAUUAAAUAAAUUAUGAUUUGUCUAUUCAAUGGGGAAGUAUACAGUUAUAAAAUAGACUGAGGCGGUCCUUUAUGUGCAAGUAUGUAUGAUGUGGAAAAAAGCAGAAAAGUGCAGAACAGCACGCAUAGUGUGCUAUUAAUAUUUGUGUUUCUAACACAAGGAAAUAUGUGUACAAGCACUGAAACAUCCCUGGAAGGGUGACAGGAGGGUGGGGCUGGGGAGGUAGGGCCGUGGGAGCAGCAGUGAGAAGAUGCAGUGCGCGAAGGGUGUACUGAGGAGCGGUGAGUUCUCUGAAACGUGAGGUGUGAGGUGGAGUGGCGGAGAUGAGGUUGGCUCACACCCACUUCUCUUCUCCCUCUCUUUAGACAAAUAGCAAUAGCAGCAUACGUUUCACUUUGCUGUGCAACCUUCUUUCUUCCCUUAGUCUGUUUUGGAUAUCUUAUCCAGGCGUUUAGAGCACCCGCCCCCCCAUUUUUUUUUCUUUUUGGGGCUCCAUGGCAAUGCAUUGUUUCUAACCUUUUGCUGUUACAAAUAAUGCUAAAAUAAAUAACCCCUUACAUACGUCAUUUUACAUUUGGUGAGGCUAUGUCUGAAGGUUAAAUUUAAAUUCCGAGAAGUGGAAUGACUGAUUUAAAGAGUAAGUGCUUUUAUAAUUUUGAAAGACAUUGCCAUCCUCUUCAGAAGUUGUAUCAGAAUAUACUCCUGUCAGCUAUGUGUGUGAGUGUACCGCUUUCCCAUAGAUGCUUACCAAUUAAGAGUUUUAACAAACGUUAAAAUUUUUACCAAUUUAAUAGUUUAAAAAAUUGUCUCCGUAUAGUUUUCACUUGCGUUUAUUUUUAUUAUGAAUGAAGGUCAGAAUAUUUUCAUAUGUUUAAGAACUAUAUAUUUUUGUCUGCUGAAAACAUAUCAACUGGUGUAGUGACCUAGAGCAGAUUAUUUAAGCUUUGUAAGUCCAAGUUCCCCAUCUGUAAAUUGGGAAUCAAAAUAGUAAGUAGGAUUGUUGGAUGAUUAAAUGAAAUUUGUGAACAGCGUUCAACACAGGCCUGGCACAUAGCAAGCAUUCAAUAAGUUAUCAUGUGAUGGCUGACAAUCAGAGCAGCAUGUAGGACAGGACAGAUUCAAUUAAGAAAAGAGGAUUCAUCUCCACAUCUUCAGGCACAUGGAGCCUUGUUCAUUUACAUUGCCAUUCAUCAGAGAAAUGCAAAGUCAGAUCUUGCCUUGACUUAGAAGGGGAAAGAAACUUCUGUUGAAACCCAGUCAUAUUGGCAGAGCUGGUGAGGGGGUAAGCACAGUCUCAUCUCUAACGUUCAGACUCAGUCAACGUUUAAUUUGGUUUAAUUUGAAAUUUGGUUUAAUAUGAAAUAAAAACAAAACCAGAAUA